UGGCAAGCAUUUCGGCACGGCGAAGGAAAGCUGCAAACAACAGAAGCAGAGCGCCAUACAGAAGGUGUGGAAACACUUGCGGAGUUUCAAAAGAGCACCCCAACAUCUCAACAGGGCCAAAAAGGAAAAAUCUUGAUGACAAUGCAACACUAGCCGAAAGUUCUUUUUCAUCUCUGACAAAGUGAGCAGUAAACUGAAUGAGGGAGCAAAGUGCAUCACGCACUUUCAGCCUCACACACUCUGAGUCCCAAACACAUACCUGUGUCAGCAGCGGGCACACGGAAGGGAAAAUGCAGCUCCAAGCUUCCACAGACAUUGGGGAGAAGAAGAUGGACCCAGUCCAGAAGGCUGUGAUCAACCACACCUUUGGAGUUCCUUUGGUCAAGACCAAGCGGCCGGUCAUUUCCUGUAACGUCUGUCAGAUCCGCUUCAACUCAGAGAGCCAAGCUGAAGCCCACUACAAAGGAAACCGCCAUGCCAGGAGGGUCAAAGGCAUCGAGACCUCUAAGAGUCGCUCUCAAGAUGGCGACAAGCCUCAGACUGUGACCCCCACCACCUCUCCAUCUCCUCCAGGAGCCGCCGGCAACGCCUCUGACAGCGAGACACUCAAACGAGAUGAAACACCGCCAUUCUCGCAGUUAAACAGGGUCCUGCUUGCCCCAGGACCUCUUCCCUGUCAGACUACCCCACCUACCCCACCCUUGGACCCACCCUCCGUAUGUCCCCUCCUGACCACUCCCAUCCCUCCCAUGAGCUCCACUUCGUCCUCUUCGCCAGGCGGCAUCAUGCUCAACCCAGAGCUGCCCCUGCUCUCAGGAUCCACUGGGCCCUCAGCCUCUGGCAGCCCAUCUGGCCCGGAGACAGAGGAGGACAAGGCAAAGAAGCUGCUGUACUGCUCUUUAUGCAAGGUGGCUGUCAAUUCCUUGUCACAGCUGGAGGCUCACAACAAAGGUACCAAACACAAAACUAUUUUGGAGGCUCGGAGUGGGUUGGGCCCCAUCAAGGCAUACCCACGCCUGGGUCCCAAGCCCACUGGGGAGCAGGGAACUGGCCCAGUGGACCCGAACACUCAGGAAAGAACUUUCCACUGUGAGAUCUGCAAUGUGCGGGUCAAUUCUGAAUUGCAACUCAAACAGCACAUAUCAAGUCGAAGGCACCGAGACGGCAUGGCAGGCAAGCCAAAUCCCCUCCUCAGCCGGCACAAGAAGCACAGAGGAGCUGAUUUGACGUCUUCUUUGACCUUCUCCAAGGAUCUCACCAAAGCUUUGGGGGCCGGCCUGCUACCCAGCCCCUUAGCUGUCGCCGCGGCCAUGGCGGCCGCCGCUUCCACAAACCCGCUGGCUCUCCGCGCAGCAGCUCCAGCGCCACACCCGCAUCACCACCUUCUGCAAGGACCGCCCCUCAGCCACGCCAUCUUGAGACCUGCCCCGGGCCCCAUCCGCACCGCCCACGGGCCCAUCCUCUUCUCCCCUUACUGAUACAUUACCUGCUGACUUGGGCCCGGUUGGGAUGAGCCACUCCAAAAGCACACUGUGAAGACACAAACAUGAUCCACAGACAGCAACUGGUCCAAACGUAUUUAAAUAUUAGAAGAAAAAAAAGCCGAACUGCAAAUCUCUCGUAUUUCCCUUUACCUGAAACACUUCCUCCAUUUCAGAGACUUCUGUGUUUCCUGCAGAUGGAAUGGGCAGAGGAGGGAUAAUCAUUCAUUAUGCAUCAGACUCCCUAGUAAAGUUUAUCCAUCCCUAACCCUCCUGGUUGUCCUCCCAUGCUCCAUUACACUGUGGCCCAGUCAGUCAUGGUUGCCUGAAUAGCUACAAAAGAAACACAUGUGCUCCAUCAAAUCCACAUGUAUCAUUAGAUAAAUGCUCUGAGCCCCGGUUGUUUUGCUCCCGUCACCAUGGCAAAAUGUGCUCUUCUCAUCCUAUGCACUUAAAAAGACAAAAAACAAAACAAAGACCAUGUUGUUUAAUAUGGUACUUCUGCGGAAAUAAUAUUUUUUUUUCUGUGCGCCACAACAAGUGUAGGGGUGUUCGUUAGUAAUAAUGCACAUGCCCCUGCAAAUCUUUUUUGUAGCAGUAACGAGAAACUAUGUAAUAGCUGCUGACAUGACAGAUGCAGCUCCCUUGUGAUGUCCUAAGAAGAUGAGAAGAGUGUAAUCAGAGGUUUUUGGAUGAGUUGAGCGUGGAGAAAUUUGUAUUUUUGAAAUCGAUUGUACCAUCAAAAAUAUUUCCACAGGAAGUCUGCCAAAUUCAUUCACAGUCAAAGAAGAGCAGCACAAAGGGUAGAAACCAGAGCAGUUUGGGAUGUCC